AUGGCACCGAAACGGCCACGGAUCUCGGUGGGCGUAAUGGCAGUUUGUUGCGGCGUACUGUCCCUAUCGGUGGUGGCGCGUGAAUCUGCCACCCACAGUGAGACCGGUGCAGGUUCGCGAAAGUAUGUCGCGGUGCAUCCGGGAACCUUUUCGUCCCCGGUCGAUGCACCGGACACGUUGGGUCUGGCAGGCAUGACAACACCGCUCACGCCCGCUCCGAAAGCGAUCGCAAAUGAACGGCAUCGAAAUACGAGGGAAACAAUUCAGCUUACCCGACCAGCUUCGACCAGUGACACAACCCACAGCACCAGUACCAAGGCCACCCAAAUAAGGCGCCGUCGGAUGGAACCGAAAAUUCGAAGCCUUCCCUCGCCGCUGGUCUUUAUGCCUGCGCGUGGUCGCCGUUUCGGUGGCUUCGAAAUACCAGCCGAAAAGCGACAGAUCACCAUUGAACAGAUGCUGGAGAAGGGUGACUACUUCGUGCCGAACCGCGGCAAAAAGGCACCCACGCCCACGGGCGAGGCGAUCAAGAAGGGCACGUUUGAUGUACUGCUGGGUGGUUCGCCGGACGAGUACUUCUUUCCGAACCGGGGCAAAAAGCAGUACUGGUUGACGUACGACUCCUCGCCCGGAAGAUCGGUUCCGGCCCGGGCCGUUACACCGUUCGACGGCCAGCUGAACACCGUACCGAACCUACAGCAACUUCAACAGCCACUGGCCAGCCGGUGGCGGCGAAAUUUGCUGGAAAACCUUGCCAACGAGCACAAGGAUACGUUCUUUUCGUCGCGCGGCAAAAGACUGCUACCAUUGACGGAGGACUUGCUGAUCGGACCGGGCAAUACGCUUGCCGAGGAACAGCAAGCCGAUGCCACGCCGGACGGUUUGUCGGACGAAAUGAUGCCGGAGUUUUCCAGCCAACCGAACGAACUGGACGCAUUGCUGUGGAACCCGGAUCUGCUGCUUUCGCUGGAGCAACCCAUCAGCUAA